ACUCGCCGACGCCGCCCGUCCUCGUCUCCAGCGACUUCCGAGUCUUGGAGCAGCGAAUCCGGAGGAGGAGGGGCUCGAAUCGAAUCGGAUCGAAGCGGAGCCUACGAGGGCGGAGCCCGGAGGAGGGGCGGCGCGCGCUGGUCGCCAUGGACGAGAAGGAGUUCAGGCGGAUGCUCGAGCUAUUCCCCGUCGUCCGGUCUCGCGACUACUGCGCUGAAUCAGGGACAUCAAGCAAUGGCACCAGGCAGCAACCACGGGCUCAGGACACAACAGGAGGCAACAAAAAUGAGUCAGCUGAUCUAUUCAUGAGAAAAUUGAAGAUGGCUGCUGAGAAAAAGGUCGGAGCUACAAAAGCAGAGCUGUUUUGCAAGACAUUUGAAGAAGUCCAUAAGAAACUUGUUUACAAAGAGCUGAAUAUAGAUGCUGCUCAAAGAUUUCUGAAUGCCUAUGAGAAAGGAUCAUGAAUUGUAGCCAGAUUCUGUUCAAAGAUCUGCAGUUGCCAACGGGAGGGAUUUUAUUGAGGUGCGGCUGCUGGCGCUGUUGAGAAUUCUGAUUGCUGGUUCUUAGAUCCUUCUGCUAAUUGUGGCAAUACCCUCAAUAGACAUGGGCUAGCUACAUAACUUCAUUAUGUUACAUCCUCCCGAACAGACAACAGUUCCAAUCCGCUGACUGUUUUUGUGAUUGGUUUUAUGUCAGCUUUCCCUCAAAAUGGUACACAUGCAAAAUCCCAGAAAAUAUUCACUUUGGUUUAUGUUCUGCCAAACUUAAUCAGAAAAAACCGAGAGGAUUGUGAAACAGUAGCUUAAAAAACACGACAAAACCCAGUAUCGA